AUGCCGCACACUCCAUAUUUAAGCACGCUGGACACCGAGGGUGCUCGAGCCGGCAGCACGCAGCGCACAAGUGUGAGUUCGGUACCAAUGCAGUCGAAUCAGAACAGCAUCUCUCUUCCACAGCUCGGGCCCGGCGCGCAGGUUUUGCCGUCGCUGCCUGCAAACUACCCAGUCAGCGACGCCAGCCAGUCCAGCCAGAUCACGCCGACUGGGUCUACUGGCCCGGAUCCGCAGCGCAUCCAUCCGGGGGCGGCCGCGGCCGGCGCCGUGUCGAUGCCCGGCGCUAACGCCGGUUCUCCGCAUCUUGGACCCGGCGGCAACCCCAACAGCAAUAUUACCAAUAGCAAAAACAACGGCAGCGCCAACAACGUUAACGGCGGCGGCAUGACCGCCAAUCAGGCGCUAAUGCCGCUCGCCCAGCAUCUGUACGGGCAUCAGAGCGCACAUACAUUGCCGCUACCGCAGCUGGCGUACCAAGUGGCGCCCGGCGCGGGCCCCGCACAGCCCAUGUCGAUCUCGUAUCUUCCGCAGCAAACACAGGUGGCGGUUGCAGCCGCGGACGCGGCUGCAAACGCGUCCGGCGCUAACGACGGCGAACAUGUAAACUCGCAUGGGCAGCUGAUCGGAAAGUCCGGAAAGCCGCUGCGCAACACCAAGCGCGCGGCGCAGAACAGAAACGCGCAAAAGGCGUUUCGGCAACGUCGCGAGCGUUACAUCAAGGACCUAGAGGUGAAAGCCAAGGAGUUUGACCGUCUGGACGCGCAACUUGCCGCGGUCCAACAGGAAAACGAGUCUUUGAAGCGGUACGUCCUGGAGCUGGAGCAGCGGCUGAGCGCGGCGGCGGCGGGCGCCGCCGCGUCGGGCGCGGGCGCGGGCACGGGCCCCGUCAAGACAGGUAUGUAA